AUGGGCCUACGGAUCCGGAUGUCGGACGUCCAAACUGCGUUCUACAUCUUCCUGGUGGCACUGGGGAUCCUGGGGAACGCGGCCAUCAUCGGUGUCAUUGGCGAGAGCAUUUUGAAGGACCAGGGCGGAAGCCGCAGCUCAGACAUUAUUCUGGUGAACAUGGCCUUAUCCAACCUGGUGGUGUCCAUCACCAGGAAUGCACUGCUGGUCAUAUCUGACCUGGGAGUUGAGCUGUACUCGUCUAAGGAAUGGUGUCAAUUUCUCAUGGGUCUUUGGGUGUGGCUGCGAUCCGUCAACGUUUGGUCCAUCUUCCUCCUCAGUGCUUUCCACUUCCAGACCCUCCGGCGCGUCUCCCCCUUGUCCGUGAGCAGAGGACCCUCCAAAGUCCUCUUCUUCAUCUUCGGCCUCAUCUGGUUCCUCAACCUUGUCUACUCUCUCCCUGCGUUUGUCUUCUCGACCAGUGGAGACAGGAACUCCACAGAGACCCUGAUGCUGGUGAGCAGCACGACGCGCCCCCUGCUGGGCUGCGUGUGGAACUUCCCCGGCUCCUACAGUGGCCUGGCCUACGCCACCACCUCCAUGGUGAUCCACGAGGGCCUGCCCAUCCUCCUCAUGAGCAUCACCAACAUGGGCUCGCUGCUGACGCUCUACGCCCACCGACGCUCCCUGUUGCACUCCCAGAAUAACCCAGAGGUGCCCGUCAUCAGGAGGGUGCCAGCGGAGAGGAGGGCAGCCAUGGUGAUUCUGGCUCUCAUCAUGCUCUUCAUCUCCUCAUGGGGCACCAGUAUAAUCUCAGUGAACUACUUCAACUACAAUCGCGGCACGUCUACUGAGUUCCUGUUGGUCAUUGCCCGCUUUGCCAACAUCACCUUUAUUGCUCUGUCACCCAUUGUCUUGGCGGUGGGACACAGACGUCUAAGAGCUGUUCUGAAGGCCUUGCUGACUCACUGACAGCUGGACUGUCUGUCUUAAAGGCCGGAAAGCCUGGGGCUUUGGAUGUGGCCAGCUCAUUGAUUAAAUUGAAUAUGGACAGGCUCGUAUCUUGAACGCUGACCAAAAACGAGCCCUUUGGAGUUUGGAGACCUUUGAGUGACCUUUUGAGAGCUGAUUGAAACAAUGAAUGAAUGAACAGACACACACA